AUGACAGAAACGAGCCAUAGAAAUAAAAUCAAUGGAACUAGUCAAUCCAAAGAAGGUAUAGACGAGAGUAACGAAGAAACAAAACCAAAGUACUGGGACCCUCUGACAGAUGGAGUGAAGUGGAUAGAGAAGUAUGCGGAACCCCUGGAGAAGUUCUUCGAAAGGCUACCGGAGUUUAUUAGCACGUUUAUUGCGACGUUUGCCGUGUUCACAUUUGGCUCUACUUUGAGAGGAGAAUGGGUAGUGAUCCUAGUGACAGCUCUCAAGCAGAUCUUCGGGCACACGCAGAGCGACCGCAACAUGACCACGGAAGAGAUUUACAAGCUCUUCACGUCGGAGAAUCUAAAGAUGGAGAACUUUGCUGUCAUUUUCAUCUCGGCACACUUCGUUUCGUAUGGAACAUACUUCGCUAUAGGUGGCUUUCUGCAUUGGUACUUCUACGUCAGAAGAAGGCAUUUAGCACAAGAGUGGAAGAUCCAGCCGAAGAAGUGGUUAUCGCCUGAACUGGAGCGCCACGAGAUCAUGAUUGGAACCCUGUCGCUCUUCAUCACGGGAAGCUUCUCAGCUUUUCUCGCCUGCUAUAUCUACAACGAGAACCCUUCCACGGUCUACUACCAGUUCAAUGAAUAUGGCUGGCUUUGGUUUUUCUUGCAAUUCCCCAUACUCUUUAUUUAUACGGACUACACCACCUAUAUCCUCCACCGCCUAUACCACACGCCGUGGCUGUACAAGAACUUCCACAAGCUGCACCACAAAUACAAGCAGCCCACCGCCUUCUCCGUCACCGCCAUCCAUCCUGUUGAGAUCAUGCAUGUGCAACUUACUAUGUGCCUGCCUCUAUUUACUCUGCCAGUACACUGGAUGCCUUUCUACGCUGUGGCUCUUUACAACUACUACCACGGGAUCAUUGACCACUCGGGCAUCAACUUCAAGGGGCAGUGGUGGCAGCCUUGGCAGCCCGACGCCCAGUUCCACGAUGAGCAUCAUCAGUUCUUCCAUUGCAACUACGGCUUCAAUAUGUCUCUUUGGGAUAAGUUCCACGGCACAAUGAGGAAAAUUAACCGCGUGUACACAGAAGAAACAUUCCACGGUGAAGCACCGCUGAUAGACUCAGUUGAAGCGAAGAAGAUAAUUGAAACUGAUUCUGAUGCGAAGGAGUUUGUGGAGAAGACUAAAGGCAUAGAAGCAGUAAAUACCAGUAAAGACAUUUUAAACUCAAAGCAAUGA